ACGGGCCUCAGUAAAUCCAUGACCCGAAACCCGGUUCCAUGCACCUUCGUCUAGAAAACCAAAGAAGAGAUCGUCUACAAUCGUUACUGUAGUCUUCUUGGUUGUGUUUUUACGGGCAAAAUUGAAAUGCAGCCACCAAACCCUAACCCUAAUUACCCUCCCCUAAAUCAAACUGAUCCCAACGCUCUCUAUUAUCAACAAUCUCACGCAUCUAAUUACUCGUAUUAUUACCCUAAUCAUCAUCUUCAACCUCCAAACCCUAAUUACUCCCAACACACUUUUCAAUCGGACUCUUCGAUACCAAGUCAUGAUCCGUAUUACAAUGUUUCCCAGGGUAGUAGCUUCGUUAACCCGCCCGGAUUUGACCUGAAUUCUUACCCUCCGCAAUCAUACGGGUAUGAUUACCAGGUCCAGCAACCCGGGGGUGUUGAUUACCAGCAGUAUCAAGCUGUGAGUGCGGAAGUUGUUACGGCGCCGUAUUAUUCGGACCCGAAUGCUGCUUCCAUGUCGACUAAUUGGGCUGUGAAUGAUGUUACUAGUGCUGCCAAUGGUGUGACACUACCACCUAAUGGGAUGCACCAAUAUGUGCCUGCUAAACCAAAACCGGUUUCGUUGAAUCGGCGAGCUAAAUUAAAAGUCUUUUCGAAGAAAGAACCAAAGACGAAGGUUGUACAAUCUGCAUGGUGUGAAGUUUGCAGAGUUAGUUGUGAUACCAAGGAUGUUCUGGACAAACAUAAAUCAGGAAAGAAGCACAUGAAGAACUUGGAGAAACUGGGAGGAGGCUCUGUACCUUCUUCUUACCCCGUUCCUGUCGCAUCAGCAGGGCCAGCAAAUCCAGUUAUUGGACCUCGGGAGAAUCCGGAUAAGAAGAAAGCAACACCGUCAGCGACAAAGAUUGUGCAAUCUGCAUGGUGUGAAGUUUGCAAGGUUAAAUGCGACACGAUCGAUGUUCUCAAUGUGCAUAAUUCUGGUAAGAAACACAAAAAGAAUUUGGAGAAACUUACAAGGGCAUCAGUUCCUGUUCCUGGGCCUGUCCCUUUAGUAGCAUCCGAGAAUCCAUUGGUUGGGCCACCGGUGAAUCCUGGUAAGAGUGUGUCUGUUGGUGUGGGAAAGUCAAAAAAGAAAGCAGCAGGUUCUUCAGAAGAUUUAGAAACAAAGAGGAGAAGAGUUCUGGAAGGUGGAGCACCAGUUUCUACUGUUAGGACAUGUGUUACAUGUAAUGUUGUUUGCAAUAGUGAAACAGUUUUCCAAUAUCAUAUCCAAGGACAAAAGCAUAUGGCUAUGAUCGUGAAGCUUGCAUCUGAGAGAACGAAAAUUGCUGCUGGUGCAAUUAGAAGUUAGAACAGAACUAUGGUCUGAACGUCACAGUCUUUUGGGAAGUUGGAAGUCCUCCACGAUGCAUUUUACUUCACUUGAUAGUUAUACAGUAUUUGUGCUUCGGGGGAAAAUGAUGAAUUGGUUUAACAGAUUUGAAGUGUUUCUGCGCUUACCAUAUAGCUCGGGAAUAUGAUAAAGGAGGGACAGAUAGAUUUGUAAUUUGUUCGAGACAUCAGUUUUCUCAAAUUUGUUUCAUUUCUGCAGGCUAAGUCAAUGAAUGUUUGUAGUACAUUACAGAGUUUUUGGCAUUUAGGCCUUUCAUACAGGAAAGGUAGGAAUUGUGAGGAUCUUUCCCAGAAUGUUUGAUGUUCUGCAGAUUGUAGUCUCAAUACUUUCUUCAUAAUUCUCUCAACAACUGGUGUUAUUUUCUCUGCAAAAAUUAUGAGGAAUAAGUAAAUAGUUGAUCUUGCUCUC